GAUGCAUACGCCCUCUCCUGGCCCGUCAAGCCCGAUUAACGCCCAACACAAUCACCAGCAGCAUCUCACUGCAGAUCAAGGCGCGAACAAGUCUCGUCCAGACGACGAUGUCUACUUCGAGCGAUCUACUGCAGACUUCAGUUCAGAUGCCGUCGCUCGGUCGACAUCCGCUAAACUGAAGCUCGAGUCGUACUACAAAAUGGCCGUCGACUCUGCGAUAGAACGCAACGCUCGGCGGAUUGAGAUGGAAACGAGGCUCUCCCAACUUCAUACACCAGAUGCCAAAGAGCGAGAAAUUCGCAAGUACAGCAAGCUAGAAUCCCAACACUUGCGGCUCAGAAGAACGAAGAUCAAGCUCUCAGAUUUCCGUACGGUGAAGGUGAUCGGGAAGGGUGCAUUUGGAGAGGUUCGUCUCGUGCAAAAGGUAGAUACAGGGAAGGUCUACGCGAUGAAGAGCCUGCAGAAGGCUGAAAUGUUGAAGCGGGAUCAGUUGGCUCAUGUUCGCGCUGAACGCGAUGUUUUGGCCGAGUCGACAUCACCUUGGGUCGUGCAAUUAUUCUAUUCGUUCCAAGACCCCCUUUACCUCUACUUGAUCAUGGAGUUCCUACCAGGUGGCGACUUGAUGACCAUGCUCAUGAAAUACGACGUGUUCUCGGAAGAUGUGACGCGAUUCUACAUGGCUGAAUGUAUUCUCGCCAUAGAGGCCGUUCAUAAUCUGGGGUAUAUUCACCGUGAUAUUAAGCCCGACAACGUACUCAUUGACAAGAACGGCCACCUAAAGCUGUCUGAUUUCGGUUUAUCGACGGGCCUACACAAAGCUUCUGAUGCAGAGUUUUACAAACGAUACCUUGAACAAGAGAAGACAAGAGACUCCGCCCGCAACAGCGUACAGGUUAACCCAAUCAACCUCACCAUGAGCCGAGAGCAAAUUGCGACAUGGAAAGCCAAUCGUCGGAAGCUGGCCUUCUCUACCGUCGGAACUCCUGAUUAGAUUGCGCCAGAAGUCUUCCUGAUGAAGGGUUAUGGUAAAGAAUGUGACUGGUGGUCAUUGGGUGCCAUCUUCUUUGAAUGCUUGGUUGGAUAUGCGCCAUUCUGCUCGGACAAUCCCACCGAAACAUAUAAGAAGAUCAUCGACUGGCCAAAUUACCUUUACUUCCCCGAAGAAGUGUACAUUUCUCGAGAAGGAGAAGAUCUAAUUCGCAGCAUGAUGUCAUGGGCCGAGCGACGUCUGAACGUGAACCAGAUCAAGUCUCAUCCUUUCUUCUAUGGCGCAGACUGGAAUUCAUUGCGCCACAUCGAGCCUCCUUUCGUUCCUCAUCUGCAGUCGAUAACAGACACGUCGUACUUCCCCACCGAUGACUUGGGCAAUAUGCCCGACCAACUGGAGAAGGUGGAAGGUGUUGGCGCAGAGAAGGAUCUAGCAUUUUUAGGGUUCACGUUCAAGCGCUUCACUGGUGGAACACAGCCAUCUGGGUA